AUGAGCGAGGGCUUCAUUUACCGGCCAGAGUGGCGGAAGCCGCAUUGCCUGCGAGGCGCGCCGCUAAAGGCUCUUGUCGAGCUCUUUGAGAGCUAUGAUCUGCUACCCCCGGAGCAGGUGGCCGUGCUAACCCAGGCCGUCGAUGGUUUGCGGCUCCUAGACGGCUUCCAUCCCAUUUGGCGGCCAUGCAAGCUCCAGACCUUCUUUGCCGAGACUCGCCUAGUCCGGUAUUUUGUCGUCAACGGAGCUAUAGGAGCCGCAGCCGCUGGCACAAACGACUUGGAUUCGGGGGAGGCAGACUUCUUUAAGCAGCUUGAUAAGGACGCAGCUAUUGUGGAGGAGGAUGCUAAAGCAAAAGCUAAUAUCGUUCAUGGCUUUAAUAGUCACCGGUCUGCUGUGGUGCCGUGGCUGAGACGGAUAGGUAUCGAGGAGCAUACACGGGGCUUAAAGAAGGACGAGAUGCACGCCUCUUUUGCGGUGCCAAAGAAUGCCGACGACGAGCCCGAGCUGUUCCUGAUGCUAGAGCUGGCGUUGAGCCGCUUCCAUACUGCCGCUGUGGGCAGAGCACGGGGGUUCGACCCCAAGAAGGAGCCCAACACGCGCAAGACCAACUUCGGCUACUGGAAGCAGUUUUUGACUUAUUGCUACCGGGUGGCGUAUUGCGGCGGCCACUUCACCACGGCAGACGACGACCAGCGGACCCCUGAAAGCAGCAUCCAGCUCACGGGUGCCCAGGAAAAGGCGUGGGAAGCGGCCUUCCAGAGUGCUGUCGAGCAGGACCGGCCUGGGCUGAGAGAUGUCAUAUUAGUCCUAUCAAUGGCGCUAAUCUGCCACGAAUUUGGAGGCAAUCGGUAUAGCUCCCCACUGCUUAGCUUCUGUGCUAUGCUCAGCGUCAAGCCGUACACUAAGACUUGGAAGGAACCGGGCAAUUACAACAGCUGCUUGUCUGGUGUGAUCUGGGUUGUGCAGCUAAUCAUCUUCCACGCUAGCGCCUGUCUAGAGAAGGCGGAGCUAGGUGAUACGCUCGAGCGCAUUAAGCAGUAUUGCGGCUGUUUACUGUCUCGAAGGAGGUCGUUGGGCCGCACCAAGCACAGUGGGAUGUGGACGAGAAGGUCCUGA